UUUUUCCUUCUUUUGGCUCAUUUUUCUCUCUCCUGUAUAUCCCCAGCACGAGCUUUCCGCCAAGGCCGUGGCGGCUCUGACCUCCCUGYACGGCACCAAGUACAAGUACGGCAGCAUCAUCACCACCAUCUACAGAGCCAGCGGAGGAACCAUCGACUGGACCUACAACCAGGGCAUCAAAUAUUCCUUCACCUUCGAGCUGCGCGACACGGGGCGCUACGGCUUCCUGCUGCCCGCCAAGCAAAUUGUCCCCACGGCCGAGGAGACCUGGCUGGCCCUGAAAGUCAUCAUGGAGCACGCCAGGGACAACAUGUACUGAGCUGGAACAGCUGCAGAGAAGGGAGGAGAGAAAUAAAUGGAGAG